AUGGCUGGUGGUGGUCGUCGGAAGCUGGGACAUGCCACCCCGAGAGAAUUGUUUCCGUCGACAAGCCAUGAAAAUACGGAAACUUCUCAGGAAGUUACCCCAUCCCCUGAGCCAGGUGUAGGUGGUUCCGGGACAUCUACUCAGGUUCCUAAGACGCAAGACGGUAACUCUCCCAUGGGUAAGGUUCCUACCCCCGUUGCGAGAAGGACUUUGCACCCGACGGGGUUAUGGUUCGAUGAUAACACCGUGAGCACCUCCAUUACAAAUAUUUUUCAAGCACAUUGGCGCGAACCAUGGCUUAACUAUGAAAUGGUUGACAAUGAUACUAAGACCCACUGGUGGAACUCGUUUACGGUAUUAUAAAACCCCCAAGUUUAGUUUACUCAUCUAACUUUG